UGGAUUUCAGCACUUUCCCACAGCUACGAGUUUGUGUGAACAUUUUGAAAAGCGUUACUGGAAAUGCAGCAAAAAGCUGUUCAAAUUCUCAACAUGGCGAAGACUGAAGGCAUCAAAAGAAAGUUGAAACCUGUAAUAGAGAAAAAGAGAAGGGAUCGAAUAAAUCAUAAUCUGGAUGCAUUAAAAGAUCUGCUCUUCAAGACCACUGCAGACACACGUCUACAAAACCCUAAACUGGAAAAGGCUGAAAUUUUAGACCUUGCAGUUCAAUACAUAAGAAAGACCACAAGAAAGAUGGAGUCAAAGGUGACAUUAAAUCAAAUGGAUUCCAAAGCUACAAAGAAUCAGUCUGUUAUCUCUCUUUCUGUGGGAUCCAUCGACACAAGCGACACUCCAGCAUAUGCAUUGGAUAUCUAUGGGACCCUGAAUCCAUCUGAAGCUUUUCCGAAACAAGGGGGGAAUCAUGGUAUCACUGUGACAUGUGCUUCGAGAAUAGAGAGUAAUCCAGCAUUUCAUGAAAAUAUCGAUUUAUUACCAUCAGGGCAAAACCACUACAAAGAGCUUCUCUUACAUCCAGAAUCAUCUUUGUAUGGCUGUAAACUUUCACCGGCUUCAUAUUAUAAUUCUCCUCCAUCAUCACCCACUUUUAACAGUGUAUUCCCUUCUCCUACUAAUUCUCCUCCAUAUUCCUCAGUCUGUCCUUUACCUCUCUCUUUUCCUCCUCCUCCUCUCACAGCAGCAUCACUUUCCCUCCACAGGCCUGUUACUAUGCCCCAGCCCUUUUUGCCUCACACAGCUAAAGAUUUUACCCCACCACAGUCACCCAUCAUGUCUACUGGACAAGAACUCAAUCCUCCUCCAGCCCAGAACACAUGGAGACCAUGGAGCUGAAUUGUUA